UCGAGCCUCAUUAUCCGGUCGGACCUUUCGAUUCCGUCGUUCCCUCUUCCUCUUUUUCUCCUUCGUCGCCUUCUUCUGGAAUCCAUGGCGACCCUCGCUCCCUCCAAAGUCGGAGCCGUCUCCAAGGGCCAAAGCUUCGCCUCUUCUUGGGAUCAGGUGCAUGUCCUUCACAUUGCCACACCAUAUUAACCUUGUUUUGCAGGAUGAUAGUAUCCUCAAAUGGCACAACUGGUUACUUCAUUUGUACAACUAUGCUGCAAGGGUUUUAGUGAGAGGCAUCUAAGAAGUGCCAUAUGUUUUGAAGUUGAGAGAGGAUACUGUAACACAUUUGUUAGGACCAUGAGGUUUAGCAAAUUUCUGCACUACAACCUUUUAACAUGGUGCUCCCGGUCGAAUCACAUGUUUGCUCGAAAGCUGUUGGAGGAAGUGGGUGGUUACAGCACUGCAAACAUGUUAGAGAGGUCAAAAUUUCUAUAUAAGGUCUCUGUUUCAAUGGGUUAUAGCAACAUACAAGAUUUAAUUGACCAAGAAAUAACUCAAAGAGAAUCUGGGGCAGAUGUCAGUGGCAUGAUGGAAGACUCAGAUUUCUUAUUGACUUGUGGAAAGUUUCCAUGCAUUAAACUGGGUGAUUCUUCACUUGUUGAACUGUAUGAUGAGGUUCCACAUCCACAGGAACAAGUUAAUUUUUUGCUCCCUAAAGCCUGUAAGAGAUAUCUCUCCGACUCAGAAGAAAAAUGGGCAGGAUCUGAUAAAUUCAAUGAAACAUGGCAGUUGUCAGCCCCUCCACUCUCAAAUAUAACCUCUCUCUCAUCUGGUGAAGAAAGUUCCUAUAUGGUAUACGAUUCUCGUGAAGCAGAUUCUGAUGGUGAAGCAAAACUGGAUGCCGAAGGCUCUAGUGAGGUACCAUCAGUACAAACUAUAAUGCCUGCCGAGUUAGUCUUGGACAAGACUGUCAGAUGUAUACCAGGAACAACCAGUAGGCGGGGUCGUCAACUUGAAGAUAGUGGAUUCUAUACGGUGAGAAAGUUGCUACACCAUUUUCCUCGAACAUAUGCUGACCUGCAAAAUGGUCAGGGUGAAAUAGAUGGCGGGCAUUUUGUGAUGUUUGUUGGAAAAAUUUUAUCAUCCAGGGGAAUCAAGGCCAGCCCUUCUUUCUCAUUUCUUGAAGUUGUAAUUGGCUGUGAGCUUCAGAAUAAUGAGCCAGUUAUGGAAAUUAAAAAUGAUGGCUGUAGCACUGAAGAAAAGAAGAUGGUUUACCUGCAUCUGAAGAAGUUUUUCCGCGGCACGCGUUUUACGUGUCUGCCUUUUCUUAAAAGUAUUCAGUCAAAAUAUAGAGAGGGAGAUCAUGUAUAUGUUAGCGGGAAGGUCAAGAAGAUGCGCAUGGAAAACCACUAUGAAAUGAGGGAAUACAAUAUUGAUAUGCUCGAAGAGGAGGAAGAACAGCAUGCACAUGUAGAGAGGAGGCCAUAUCCUCUAUACCCUUCUAAAGCAGGACUGAAACCUGACUUUCUUAGGGAUAUCAUAUCAAGAGCCUUGAAGAUAUUGACUUCUAACAUAGAUCCUAUGCCUCAUGAGAUCCUCAAGGAGUUCAACUUGCUAAACCUUUAUGAUGCCUACAUGGGAAUCCACCGUCCGAGUAAUAUAAAUGAAGCUGAUUUAGCUCGCAGAAGACUAAUAUUUGAUGAAUUCUUUUACCUUCAAUUGGGAAGACUAUUUCAGAUGCUCGCGGCACUUGGUACAUGGGUUGAAAAGGAGGAAUUGUUGGAUAAAUACAAACAGCAUGGGCUAAAUGUUGUUUGUAUAGAGGAAUGGUCUGAUCUUACUAAGAUGUUGUUAAAGACUCUUCCUUAUUCUCUUACUCCUAGUCAGUUGAAUGCAGUUUCAGAGAUUAUUUGGGAUCUCAAGAGACCAGUUCCUAUGAACAGACUUUUACAGGGUGAUGUUGGCUGUGGGAAAACUGUGGUUGCAUUCCUGGCUUGUAUGGAGGUUAUUGGUUCGGGUUUCCAGGCUGCUUUUAUGGUUCCAACUGAGCUCCUUGCAGUUCAACAUUAUGAGCAUUUAGUUUCUUUGUUGGAGAACAUUGGAGGGGACCAAAGUAAACCUUCCGUUGCUUUACUAACUGGUUCCACCUCAGCAAAGCAGUCACGGAUAAUUCUUAAGGGUCUUCAGACAGGCGAUAUAGCAAUGGUCAUCGGAACUCACAGCCUGAUAGCUGAAAAGGUUGAAUUCUCGGCUUUACGUAUUGCUGUUGUAGAUGAGCAGCAUCGCUUUGGUGUGAUUCAAAGAGGAAGGUUUAACAGUAAGUUAUAUUCAAUAUCACCAAGCUUAAGAAUGAAUUGCACAAAUUCGGAUGAGUCUUCUGAAGAUAAAUCCCUAAUGGCCCCUCAUGUUCUUGCUAUGUCAGCCACUCCUAUUCCAAGGACAUUGGCUUUGGCUUUAUAUGGAGAUAUGUCUCUAACUCAAAUAACAGACUUGCCCCCUGGAAGAACACCUGUAGAAACUUUUGUUCUUGAAGGAAAUGAGAUUGGCUUUGAGAAGGUCUUCCAGAUGAUGAGAGAUGAGUUAAUAACAGGAGGGAAGGUGUAUCUUGUGUAUCCAGUUAUAGAGGAAUCAGAGCAGCUGCCCCAACUCCGUGCUGUUACUGCUGAUCUUGCAUCCAUAUCAGAGAAAUUUAAAGGUUACCAGUGUGGCCUGUUACAUGGACGCCUGAAGAGUGAAGAGAAAGAUGGAGCGUUGAGAAAAUUUAGAUCUGGAGAAACACGUAUUCUACUUGCAACACAAGUUAUUGAGAUAGGUGUUGAUGUUCCUGAUGCAUCAUUGAUGGUUGUUAUGAAUGCUGAGAGAUUUGGAGUUGCUCAGCUGCAUCAGCUCAGAGGUCGUGUUGGACGAGGAGCAAGAAAGUCCAAGUGCAUCUUUUUGUCUUCCACUUCUGGAACACUGGACCGGUUAAAGGUACUCGAAAAGUCAUCUGAUGGAUUUUACCUGGCAAAUGCAGACCUCCUCCUUCGUGGACCUGGAAACUUGCUUGGGAAAAAACAGUCAGGACAUCUUCCUGAGUUUCCAAUAGCUAGAUUGGAAGUUGAUGGAAAUAUCCUACAGGAGGCACAUCUUGCUGCUUUGAAAGUUUUGGGCACAAGCAAUGACCUGGAGAGUUUUCCAAAGCUCAAAGCUGAGCUUAGCAUGCGACAGCCUCUAAGCAUAUUGGGAGAUUGAACUACAAAUUGGGUGGAGGUGACACUUAAGCAUGCAGUUGUUAGAUAUGCAUGAACGAAAUAGCAGAGUCUAAUAAUAGAAAUUUUGUGGCCCAGUCUUGUGAUAUAUCGGGAUGUAGAAACCAUACCAUUGUGACUUGUUUUGUUGCUGGGUCCAGUUCAAAGUUGUGUGGUUCUUCUGGAGCACAGAAUUUUAGGGUCCAAUGUAUAAUGAGUAAGAAAACAUAAUUGAAAUUGCCCAUUUUGUAAGUGUUUUAUCCAAAGGCAUUUUUUUGAUUUGGAUAUCAUUGUUUUUUAACUGAGUUUUGUAUUAAUUAGUGUAUGCGUCUGUCUUUUGGUUGGUAAAGGCGGGUGGUUUACAGUUUUAUUCCUUCAA